CUGGUGCCCUUGGGAAGCCGCCUGCAAGGGCCAGGGGAGCACCACAGCCCGGGGCCGGGUGGGCCUGCGGGGAUGCUGCCGCCGCCACCGCUGCCCUUGGGAUGCCUCUUGCCGGGAGCGUGCAGAGCGGCAGUGUCCUUGGGAGACCGCGCCGAGCCACCUCCAGCCUGCCCUCUUCUCCGUGGGGCCCCCCCACCAUGCUGGACCUUGUGGGGUGAGAGAUGAGCCCUUGGCAGCCCAGCCCAGCCCACCCCGGGAGCUGACCCUUGCCCAAGAUCCGCAUGUCAGACCAGAACAGCACCGACGAUGGGGAGUCAGACCCCCAGCACAGCCUGUCUAUGGUCUUCCUCCUCGUCCUCGUCUUCUUCAUCAUGGGACUGGUGGGUUUCCUGAUCUGCCAUGUCCUGAAAAAGAAGGGUUACCGGUGCCGGACUUUCCGGGACGAGCUCGACCCAGAUAACAAAGACGUGUUGGCAGAGCUCCAGGCCAAUGAAGAAGAGGAGCUGAACGAGGACACUGUGGAGAAGAUUGUGAGGUGCAUCAUCCAAAAUGAAGCAAAUGCGGAGGCCCUCAAGGAGAUGCUGGGGGACAAUGAAGGGGAUAUCCCAAUGCCAAUGCCCAGCCUUUGUCCCCACCGCAACAGCCAGGACGGGGGCCCACCACAUCACCACACGGUGCAUCUGGGCUCCACGCAGGCCCCCUGCAUCCACUGCAGCAAGAGGAAGAGACACCCGCUGCAUCGACAGGGACGGUCCAAGGAUGGCAAAGGCAGGAUGCAUCCUGGAGAGACCACUGUCUUCUCAGUGGGCAGGUUUCGUGUCACACACAUCGGGAAGAAACCCACUUUCCACGAGCAGCAGGAUGGUCCCCUGCCUGACGGCAGCCGGGAGCCAAGCACGGAGGAGCUGGAGCGCAGCAGCGAACGGCUCCAGCACGAGUGGGCUCGCAAUGGGACUGUCCCCACUGGUGGCCUGCAGAACGGAGCUGUCCAGAAGGGUGCCCAGAGCAGCAAGGGUGGGGAGCAGAGCCGCUCCACCACUCCAGCCCGGAACACACCAGUCAGCUCCAGCACUCAUGACAGCAGAUGGGUGGGCAAGGGGUCCAGCAUGGCAGGCUCGCUGCAGGAUUCUGGCACUGCUCCUGGGAGCAUGAGCCGCCAGCGGAAGCUCCUGAGCCAUCGGAUGCUGGGAGGGUCGAGUCCCAGUAUCCCAGGAGAGCUGGUGCAGGAAGGAGCCAGCAUCUGCCUGGAGGAGACUGGACUGGGGUCAGCAGAUGAAGUGUCGGAUAUUCAUGGGAGCCUGAGUCUGCAUGAACAGGUUGAGGAGUUGGGACAAGAUGACAGCAGCAGAAAACAGUCCGGAGCGGAGGACAUGGGGCAGCAGGAGCCCAGCGCCAUGUUGCAGGACCGAGGAGCAACGGUGUGACCUCCUCUCCGCUCCCCGCUGGAGUGUGGACAGGAGGUGCGUGGCCCCUAGUGCCCAUGCUGGGCUAGGGGCUCUGCUGCGGGGGGACCGUGGGGCAGUCGGCCCCAGCCCCGGGUGGGCAGCUACGCGCUUGGCAUGGCCGGAGCGACGCGCCGAUGUUACAGACAACUGCACUCGGCGCCAGACCUCAUCCCAUUGGCAAUAGGUACCCAACUCCCACCCACCGUACCCACCCCAGAGACCCUCUUGGGGGACCCUCGGGCCUGGCAGGGGCAGGACAGAGCCCAGUCCCCGCUGCCCACCUGGCCCCCGCAGCCCCCCAGCGCUGGGGAAGGAUGCAUCGGAGGAGGCUGUGGCGAGGUGCAGGGACGGAGGCAGCGGCUUUGCCCCCACCUUGGGGUGGGUGGCAGCACCCCUUCACCCACCCAGCACAUCCACUGCAGAGCACAGCUCCCCCGGGCACCCCUGCCACACAGAGUGGUCACAGGCACAAAUCCUGCAACGGUGAGGGACCCUGCAGGUCUCUGGGAGAUGCUGGCAGAGAGAGGAGCUUCCAGACCCAUCCUGACACAGGAGGGGCCAGAGCCCGGCCCUGGGGGCAGGAUCACACCCCGGCCAGGCCAGCGGCCAGCCCUGGUGCCCAGGACAAGCUUUGGUGUGUAACUGCACUGUACAUAGACAAGCUAAAACCAUUAAAGCUACUGAAC